AUGGAUGCAGGACAGUGACGAUUCUGACGAUAGAGUCCUCCCCGGCAGAAUGCAAGCCAUCUCUCCUGCUGGUGGGAGAUGGAUUCGCUGCCCUCCCUGCAGACAAGCAGGCACACACACACACAGAGCCCUGGGAAGUCCACAUUUACUGUACUGCGUGCCUGCCGACUGCCUUGAAGAAACUGUAGCUAACCACCUUAUUAGUAUUCUUGCCUCCACUGUGUCUCACUUGCAGCAUCAGAGCGCUGAGCAAAAUGCAGUAGAGCAGGGACAGACACGGCUCUGGCAAUCAUCUCAAUGCAGGCUGCCGAGUGUUGGGGGUGGGGGCAUGCAGCGCAUCAAGAUUAAUAACCUUGCCAUAAUCCGGGGCACCGUGCAAGCAGACACCUCUGCUGAUUGACUCGCUCCUGGCUUGAUACAUCUGCCUGGGGGAGAGGAAUCCGGAAUCUAGUUCUCACCCCCACCCCCCUGAUUUUGGAUGUUCUUUUGAUUCUCCACAGACCUGGGAAGGUAACCGCAAGCCAUACCAUCUGCAGCUCACAGCACCUCUUGGAGGUUACUACUGACAGUUUUCAUUACACGGGCUUCUGUGAGUGCUUAUGUGUUUUUAUGUGUUCCUGCGUGUGGGUGCCUGCUUUCUCGUGAAAGAGAUUGUGUGAGUGUCCGUCCUGUGUGUGUGGGUUUGUGUGACAACUAAAGCAGGUAUAACGUACAAGAGGAGAUCUCAACAGCGUGAAAAUAAUCUCCAGGCACUGGGACUCCCAAUCUGUAGUCCCCCGCCUCUCACCGCCCCUUCCUGCCCUACUCCCCCGGCUCCUUUCGUCUUUGAUGAGUUUUUGGGUUACUUUUUGGCGGAGUCUCUUGGACACGUUCUUGCCGUUGCUGGUGGAUCAAAUAAAUGGAACCUUUGAAAGUUGAUUAUUUUUUUUCUUAUGUGACAAACACGCACACACACGUAGAGAGAGAGAGAGAGAAGAGGAAAGGAAAUUAGAGUGGUGUAUGACCAGCUAGAGGAUUUAAAAUUUUCCCUGGUGAACUUGGAGGAUCCAUUGAGAAGAAACCAAAUGAAGUGUUUACUGUCAUUAUCUCUGUUUGAUGAAGAGGAUACUGAGUCUCAAAGAGAAUUAAUAACUCAUUCAAGGUCAUCUAAUGCCAAGUAAUCAAGAGGAAAUGCCAUGCGUGUACAAAGACCAGCUUGGACCAGCCUAUUUUUGAGAGGAUAGCCCUCAGAGACAGAAGUAGCAGAAAUGAUUCACUUGUGUGCAAGACUGCAUGAUCACCCAGAACAAGUGGAGGCCAGCAAGUUGGAGCUUCUGCUGACACUCUAAAUUCAUGAGUCACCGAAGGAACAAAAAUAAUGUAUGUGUUUUGACACUAUGGAGACAUCCUGAAACCUCUUUGGAAUCUCAGUAAAUUAAAUGAAUUCAAGCUUGGCAAAAAGGAAAACUGGUCCAUAGUCAACUUGCUACAGAUGAGGUCACAUGUUCCAGCUCCUGUGCUGAUCAGUUCACAUCAAAGGGCCUGAUGGUGUGAAGAAAUAUUAUCAAUAAUGAUCCAGAGCAUGCAUUUCACUUUUUUGGAUUCUCACAGGAAGAUUAGAGCCAGCUAGACACACUUUAAGAAAAACACAGAAAGUGUCUCCAUCAGCCACUCUCUGACUUGCUUUGUGAGACAGUGAACGUGGAGCUCACUAAUUUCACCAUAAUGGCCACUUAAGAAGCUCCAGAGAUACAGCUCUCUCUGCCUUCCCGGUGCUGGGCUUACAGAGGAGAGGAAAUUAAUAAUACAUCUGCAAAGAAAUUUCACUGAAGAAAAGUUGACGUGGAGGAACGAAGCAUUGAUUGGGAAAGAAAUCAGCAGAGGACUCUUGGAUUGCUGCCCGUGUUGACUAAAAUUGAAGGAUAAUUGCAGUUGGAUUUUUUUUUCUUCACCAACCUCCUUUUUUGUUUCUUUUUCUUUUCCUUUUUGAUGUCAAGACCAUGCAUUCUUUCUUGUUCUUAACCACCUGGAUUUUCCUCGGGAUGUAGCUGUGCUGAGUCUGAAAUACAGACCCGGCUAUUGGGAACAAGAAAAUGAGGAACAGGGUGGCCCACGCAGUUGUUCCCUCAAGCUGUGCUCACUGAUAAGCUGGACGGCUAUAAUGAUGCAGGUUGGCAAACACGUUGCCUAUUUACUUCAUAGAGACCCCAAUGGAGAACAAGACUGUUUGAACUCCAGAAGGACCAACACCAGAUAAAUUAUGAAUGUUGAACAAGAUGACCUUACAUCCACAGCAGAUAAUGAUAGGUCCUAGGUUUAACAGGGCCCUAUUUGACCCCCUGCUUGUGGUGCUGUUGGCUCUUCAACUUCUUGUUGUGGCUGGUCUGGUUCGAGCUCAAACCUGCCCUUCGGUGUGCUCCUGCAGCAACCAGUUCAGCAAGGUGAUUUGUGUUCGAAAAAACCUUCGUGAGGUUCCUGAUGGCAUCUCCACCAACACAAGGCUUCUGAACCUCCAUGAGAACCAAAUCCAGAUCAUCAAAGUGAACAGCUUCAAGCACUUAAGGCACUUGGAAAUCCUCCAGUUGAGCAGGAAUCAUAUUCGAACCAUUGAAAUUGGGGCCUUCAAUGGUCUGGCGAACCUCAACACUCUGGAACUCUUUGACAAUCGUCUUACUACCAUCCCGAAUGGAGCUUUUGUGUAUUUGUCUAAACUGAAGGAGCUCUGGUUGCGCAACAACCCCAUUGAAAGCAUCCCUUCCUAUGCUUUUAACAGAAUCCCUUCUUUGCGCCGCCUAGACUUAGGGGAAUUGAAAAGGCUUUCAUACAUCUCAGAAGGUGCCUUUGAAGGUCUGUCCAACUUGAGGUAUUUGAACCUUGCCAUGUGCAACCUCCGCGAAAUCCCUAACCUCACGCCGCUCAUCAAACUGGACGAGCUAGAUCUUUCUGGGAACCAUUUGUCUGCAAUCAGGCCUGGCUCUUUUCAGGGGUUGAUGCACCUUCAAAAACUGUGGAUGAUACAGUCUCAGAUUCAAGUGAUUGAACGCAAUGCCUUUGAUAACCUCCAGUCACUAGUGGAGAUCAACCUGGCACACAACAAUCUAACAUUACUGCCUCAUGACCUUUUCACGCCCUUGCAUCAUCUAGAGAGGAUACACCUUCAUCACAACCCAUGGAACUGUAACUGUGAUAUCCUGUGGCUCAGCUGGUGGAUAAGAGACAUGGCCCCCUCGAACACAGCUUGUUGUGCCAGGUGUAACACUCCCCCCAAUCUGAAAGGGAGGUAUAUCGGAGAGCUGGACCAGAAUUACUUCACAUGCUAUGCUCCGGUGAUUGUGGAGCCCCCUGCAGACCUCAAUGUCACUGAAGGCAUGGCUGCUGAGCUGAAAUGUCGGGCAUCUACAUCCCUGACUUCUGUGUCUUGGAUUACUCCAAAUGGAACAGUCAUGACCCAUGGGGCAUACAAAGUGCGGAUAGCUGUGCUCAGCGAUGGCACAUUAAAUUUCACAAAUGUAACUGUGCAAGACACAGGCAUGUACACAUGUAUGGUGAGUAAUUCUGUUGGCAACACUACUGCUUCUGCCACCCUGAAUGUUACUGCGGCAACCACUACUCCUUUCUCCUACUUCUCGACUGUAACAGUAGAGACUAUGGAACCUUCUCAGGAUGAGGCACGAACCACAGAUAACAAUGUGGGCCCCACUCCAGUGAUCGAUUGGGAGACCACCAAUGUAACUACAUCUCUUACGCCACAGAGCACAAGGUCGACAGAGAAAACAUUCACCAUCCCAGUAACUGACAUCAACAGUGGAAUCCCAGGAAUUGAUGAGGUCAUGAAGACAACCAAAAUCAUUAUUGGGUGUUUUGUGGCCAUCACGCUCAUGGCUGCUGUGAUGCUGGUCAUUUUCUACAAGAUGAGGAAACAGCACCAUCGGCAAAAUCACCAUGCUCCAACAAGGACUGUUGAAAUCAUUAACGUGGAUGAUGAGCUCACUGGGGACACACCCAUGGAAAGCCACCUGCCCAUGCCUGCCAUUGAGCAUGAGCACCUAAACCACUAUAACUCUUACAAAUCUCCCUUCAACCACACGACAACAGUAAACACAAUAAAUUCAAUACACAGUUCAGUGCAUGAACCGUUAUUGAUCCGAAUGAACUCUAAAGACAAUGUACAAGAGACUCAAAUAUAAAACAUUUACAGUUACAGAAAACAAACAAUCAAAAAGACAGUUUAUUAAAAAAUGACACAAAUGACUGGGCUAAAUCUACUGUUUCAAAAAAGUGUCUUUACAAAAAAACAAAAAAGAAAAGAAAUUUAUUUAUUAAAAAUUCUAUUGUGAUCUAAAGCAGACAAAAUCAUGUGUAUUCCUCAGAACCUGUUUUUGCUGCACUUACUACUUUCCCACACCUCCUCCCUCCCUUCCCCGACUGCCAUAUUUUUCAUAGAUCUCAAUUCCCUAAAGAACUGGUCUAGGAAAUUUUGUAAGAAUUCUGUUACACUUUGAAAUUUUUAUGGUGAAUUCUAGUGGUGAGAUCCAGUCUAUUUUGUCUCUUUCUCUCUCUAAUUUUUUUCAUUUUUUUUCUUUUUCCUUCAUGCCCUUCUGAAGUAGUCCAAUGGGGAAUGCAAUAUUAGAAAUAGAUUUUUAAGAAAGAAUGAGGAAAAAUGCAAGAUCUUAUAUUUUUCAUGUAAUGACCUGUUCUGUAUUUAUGAGGAGGACAUUCUGUGGAGAAAGAAAAAAAAAAGUAAGCAAACAACAGAUUAAUUUACAUAUAAGCAUCUAUAAAACCCAUGACUUUAAAAAAAAAAAAAAAAAAACCUCUAGAACCAGAAUUUGUAGUUCAAAAAGCUUAAAAUAAGAUUAUAAAUAAAAUAUUGUUGGUUUUUCUGUA